UUCCUCCCCACUCACCAUGGUGGGAGAUGCGGCAGGUGGGACCCCUGGGACAGCCCCUGUCCCCCUUCCCCCGCCUGCUCCCCCGAAACUCCCUAGUCUCCACCUCAACUGCUGCUGCUGGACCACCUGCCGCUGCUCCCGCUGGGGUGCCCUCUGCUGCUGCCAUGUCCCUUGCCCCCUCCGAUUCUGGGGGAGCCCCCCUAGCUGCCAGGAAGGGCCAGGGCAAGAAGAAAGAAAGGGCCCUGCUAGGAAGACUAAGCCCUCCAUGGCAGGGGAUGCCACCGCUGCUGUGGUGCUGCUCCCUGCCUGUUCCCUCCACCAGUCCUGCGAGUGCCCCUCCCCUGGCCCCCAGGGCAUAUGCCCCAGUGGCCGGCCUGCCUGCCUGCCGCUAUGUCAUCUCCUCCGACUGCCGCCUCUGCUACCACCUACAGCGGCCAGAGUCCCUUCCCCAUCUUAACCAGGAAGCACAGCAUCUGUUGCCUCCUGGUGCCCGCCUCGCCCCACGUGGAGACCUACGUGCAGGCAUUGGUGAGGGUGGUGGGGCCGACGGCCAUCAUGGCUGCCUCCAAGAUGUAUGGCAAGGUUGUCUUCUUCCUUGCCUCGGAGGCUGCCACCCAGGAGGCCGUGGAGAAGGGCCUGGCAGUGGGGAGCAUGUUCGUCCCCCUGGAGCCGCUGGAGGAUCUGGGUGUCCAUGUGGUCCUGACCUCCAUCCCUCCCUUCCUUCUUAAUGCCGCCCCGUUACCUGCUCUCUCUACCCUAGGGAAGCCCCUUCCUGUUGUGAGCCCUCUCCCGUUGGGCUGCAAAGACCCCGCUCUCUGUCACGUUCUCUCAUUCCGCCGGCAAGUGCAGCUUCAACUGCCACCGGCGGCGCGUGGCGGGGAGGCGCUCGAGGGGUCUUUCCUGGUCCCCUAUCAGGUGGCCCAUUACUGGGUGCAUUACUCUACAGAGGAGGCCCAGUUUUACCUCUGCCAGGCGACGAGGCACGUUCGGAGGGACUUCCCCUUGGCCCGGCAUGGAGGAGUGCCCAGGACCCCUGAGCACCGGCAGGGUGUCUGCCCCAUCAUCGCCGGCACCCCUAGCCCCCCGGUGCCCAAAGCCACCCCUCCUCCCUCCCAGCCCAUCACUGCUCCAGCUCGGGCAUCAGGGGUACCUCCUCCAGUGUGCCCAGACGAGCAGGAGAGCCCAGCCUCUGCUGCCUGCACUCUGGCAGGGCCUGUGGAGGAGGGUGCGGCAGGGGUACUGCCGGGUGUGGGAGAGGGCUCUCCCCAAGGGGAAUCUUCCCUCCCUCCUGUUGUUCCAUCAGUACCUCUACAAGUCCUCGAACCGUCAUCCCUGCCCCCCGACAUAACCCCUGUCGACCAGCCCGCAGGCGAUGCCAUGGAGGGCUGGACCCGAGUACAGGGUAAGCGGGGCAAGCGGAAGGCUCGAGCUCCGCUCCUACAACCUAAUGCGGAAGCCCCCCGUAAGACCAGAAAGGGGGCUGCUGACACUGAGCCUUCCACCUUGCCCACAGGAUCGGUCUCUCUGCCAGUGCCGGCUAGGGAAGACGUGGCACCCCGGAUGAGGCCCCUCCUGUUCCCUUGCCACCUGCGUCCCCUGCAACACCUGAGGUGAAGCUACAGCUGGAAGGGAAAACAAACGAGAAGUAUCUAGUCUUUGUAGCCAUACAAUAUAAAGCUCAGGUGGUUGCUGG